GUUUUGUUUUAUACAUAUUUUGUCAAAUCUGGGAAAUGUUUGGGGUUCUUUGAAAUGUUACUAAUUAUUAUGCAAGUUGUGUCUUUUUUGUUAAGUAGCUGAAUUACUGAAUAGAUUGCGAUAAUGGAGUUGCUGUUUGCUUAAUGUAGUUACUAGUUAUAUCAACUUCUGUCUUGAGCAUCGUUCUAGGGGCAGCGCAUAUCUAACACCUACAUACUUAGUGUAAUCUCACAAGUGGGGUCUGGGGAUGGUAGGAUGUACGCGGACCUUACCCCUAUCUUUUUGAGGUAGAGAAGUUGUUUUCGAUAGACCCUCGGUUCAAAAGGUGUAGCACAUAUCAAAUAAUAACUUAUUUUGUUGGAAAGUGUUUCUUAUGUGAGUGCUCGGAAAAUUUCUGCCUAGAAAAGUAGUGUGUUACAAUGACAAAUGUAGGUUAAUUUUGAUUCAUUUGCUAACACUUCAUGUUACAUUUCAAUGAUGCUCCUAUCCAUGUUUUCCUUGAAUUUUGCUUACUUUGUUAACUGAGAAGAUACAGAUAAAUUACUGAAACUUACAACUAUCAAGUUUCCUACCUGUGAUAAUUAUAAUGAUGCACCAGCAGUGUUGUCAAAGGCGUGCUUAAGCCCUAAAGCUAGGCUCAAAACUUUAGCGGUUGGGCAUAUACACCAGAAGAUCCAUUUUAUGACCAAGCAAAUCUAAGAACUUGCUGGAGAGGUGGUUCUUCAAAAGGUCUGACAAUGCAUCGAAGCUACACCAAUUAGUCUUGUGCAUUAAUGGAGACAGCCCCUAAUGAACUGAAGACACCAAGCAAGAUUGGAGAUAGAACAACCAGUGAUGUUGUCGUAAGACUUAGAACACUGGAUGGCCGUGAUGAUUGGCUUUACUGCCAUUCACAUAUUCUCGUUGAAGAGAGUAAAUAUUUUGCUGAUCGGUUAUCAGAUAGUUGGCCGACAUGUCAGAUUCUGGAUUCACGCAAUUGUGUUGAGGUUUACUGUGAAGAACCUGAUCUGGACUCCCAUGUCAAUGUCCUUCGACUCUUUUAUGUCAUUGCGGAUGGCUUAAUGACGGAAAUUUGCCAUGGUGUCAAGAAUGCACUUGGCAUGUUGCGAGUUGCUGUCAAGCUUGGAUGCCCAAGAAUUAUUGCAGUAUGUGUGGAUUAUUUGGAAGCAGUCCCUUGGGAGGAAGCUGAAGAGGAGGAGAUAUUAAAUACUAUACCAAGCAUGGGAUCUGAGGUGGAACCGGUACUUGCUCGCCUCCAACCAGUCAAUCCUACUGCAGUAAUGAAGAUUUUUCUUGCAGCCCUUCAAUUUGCUACGUCAUCACCUCCUUCACCUUUGAAUGAUCUGAAAAACACUGCUCAAGAACAGCUUGAAUACAUGCUUACCGAGGAUGAUGAUGCUCCUUUACUGAGCGCUGAUGAAGAAAUAAAGUUAGAAGUCAUGCGAUGUGUCAAGAAGCUGUUUGAUAGAUUUAGCAGCCUUGUAGAAUCUCUACUGUGUGACCUCCAAGAAUCGAUUUCAGAUGCUGGGAAAAUGCAGUCGUUGCAUUCUUGUUUAACAGAUUUGUUAUGGGCAUGUCAGAUAUUAGGAAAGUUGGAGAUUAUCAGAGAUUUUGUUUGCAGCUGGACGGAGUUGUCAGUGAAACUAGUAACAAUCGUUCAACAAAAAGAUGGAGAAAAUCAAAUUCUGAAGACAAAGCUGAAGGUUCUUGAGGUAACAGCAAAAGUAUUAGAGUCAGUAGGAUAUGGCAUAGUGGUGUUACCUACAGUAAAACGACUUCACAUGGUGAAGCUCUGGCUUCCUUUUGUCCGGACCCUGAAGCCUUUAGUCGAUUCUGUCUCCCAGGAAACUGAGGAUGAUCUUACACUAAAAGUCGAUAGUGAGAUCUGGCAAUCUUUAGAGUCAGCAUUUGUUGCUAUUAUACUUACAUUGCCGUCAGUUGAUCAGACAGACAUUUUAACAGAGUGGUUGGAAAAUCAACAGAUUCGAUAUCCAGACCUCACCGAGGCAUUUGAAGUAUGGUGUUACAGGUCCAAGGUUGCCAAGCGAAGGCUAGCAACACUCGGGGAAGAGCACAAUACAGCUAAGGCAGUAUGACUUCUCUGUACUUUCGCCAAUUCUAGGAUUUAGGUAUCUUCCUUUUUGCGUCACUGAUUAUAUGCUGAAAACUAUCUUUUAUUCUUUUGAGUUUUAACAUAGCUGAACCUGAACUGGUAAGACGUCUUAAAAUGGCCUAGGUUCUGUAAAGUGACCUUUAUUUUGUCUCCCUCUGUGUUUUUAUGCUUAGUUUUUUAUGAAGUAUAUCAAUCUAUUUCAGC